AUGACGGAAGAGGACCGAGUCGAUAUCGCCGAGGAAGUCAAUCCACCAGUCCCGGCUCACUCUCAGCCGCCCUCGAUGCAUGCUCCGCCGCCUCUGACUCCCGCGAGCGUACCACUGGCAUAUUCAGGCGCCCCUUCGACGCAUCUCCCACCCCCAACAUCUUUAGGGGCACCCCUUCCACGAGUCCCACCGGCGUCAUCCACCUCCGACGACCACGCUCGCAUCGUGGCACUCGAGGGCACAGUUAACCAACUAGCUGCUAGCAUGACCACCAACAUGGCCAAACUGUUCGCCCUACUCAGAGGACCGAACCGUGCAUCCUCGCGCUCCACACCUCCUUCGGGACAAGGGCUAACAGUCGACUCGACCUCUUGGAUUCCACCGACCCAAGUUCCGAAGAAUACGGAUGCUCCCGCCCCACCAACAACGCACACGUCCACGAUUCACCCGUUCACCAGCCCCUUUCCGCCGCCACCGGCUCCCAUGGCCGUCCCUCUUCCACUGGCAGCAUUAUUAUCUUCGAAUCAGGUCUUGUCUGCGCCACCACCUGUCUCCAUGCCUGCCCCAGCCGUAGUCUAUACCGUCCCUCCGCCGAUGGUUUUUCUGGCGUCAAGCGUACCUGCUCCAGCUCACCUUCAAGCCCCAGAACUUCCUCCCUACCCGUCUCUACAACCCCACGUUAGCCUCCCUUACCAAGCACCACCUCCUAUAAAUACCACCUUCCUCGAACCGGGCACACCAACUCACGCGGCCCAGUUCGCUUCACCGACGCACUUUCUCCCCGAGGUUGACGUUGAGCAGGAACGUAGACUCAAGAGAAUGGAAGAGACGAUAAGAGCCCUGCAAGCGAAUGAGACUCAUCCCCGACGCACGCUAUGGCGAUUGUAG